AUGAAUUGGUCGGCUAUUGCUGCCAGCAAUUAUGUAACUGCGGUAGCAAACCUUGGAUAUGUUGCGAUUGAUCUUGCGAAAAUGGUUUCAAUGUUGAGGAGGGAAGGGGUCCGAGACAUCCAUGCGAUUGGUUUCAGUUUAGGGGCUCAUGUCACAGGAAUUGCAGGCUAUUACCUAGGAAGGGAUAAGUUCAACAGAAUAACUGGUUUGAAUCCAGCGAAGCCAUUUUUUAUGAAUGUUCCUUUGAAAGAUAAAUUAGAUGCUACCGACGCUUAUUUCGUAGACGUCUAUCACACGGAGACGAUUAUCGAAGGGAAAAAUGAAAAAUGUGGACACGUUGAUUUUUAUGUCAAUUGGGGAGAGAUACAACCUGGUUGUGGUAGUCUUAACAUUGUUUGCAGCCAUUUCAGGGCCCCGAUCUACUUUGCAGAGUCCAUAAUUUCAAACAUUGGAUUCUGGGGAUUCCCUAUUAAUCUUCUUAGACUGACACAAACACGAAGCCCAUGGAUACUUGCUGGUGAAUAUGUUGAUAAGAAUGCUUUUGGAAGCUACUACGUUGGUACUAACUCACACUAUCCUUAUGCCAAAGGACGUAGCUUUUAG